AGACGCGCAUUUCUCCUGCGGUCAGUAAAUCAGGACGCAGGAGGAUGCGUCCAUCUCAGGACCUCCCCUGCCGGCCGUCACCAUGACAACAGGCGUGAACGGUGGCGGUCGGAGGAGGGCAGGGAGGCUGGGAUGGAGGGAGGGGACAGCAGCGUGCGGAGCGGAGACAGGUGUUUGCUAUGAAGAGUUUGCGCAUCGCCCCUGAGGUGGUUUCAGCAGGAUGGGAAACGAGUUUCCACCUCCUCGGUGUUCCUCCGCAGCUCUCCAUGCAUUCUGCAGCUUAGCUCUGCUAAACGGGGAAUUUGAUUAGAAAACGCUGGAGACCCACCGAGAGACGCCAUGGUGCACCACUCAGGCUCGAUCCAGUCCUUCAAGCAGCAGAAAGGCAUGCACACCAGCAUCAGCGAGAUCCUGAGGGAGAAGAGCCUGAAGCCGUCUCGCCGCAGCCUGCCCUGCCUGGCUCAGAGUCAGACACAUCCCAUCAACCUCAACCACUUCCUGUCUGUGCCUCUGAGCCCAGAUCCCAAACCAGAAGUGGACGACCUGAGUCAGAGCAUCAGCACGUCCUGCAGCCUUCUGCCGCCACAGUCAGCAGAGGAUGUCAAAGACGGCUAUAUGGAGGAGACUGAAACGAGCGCAGAUGAACCCAAAGAAGAUCCAACAUUUCUUCUACAGAAGCCGGUCAGCCGGGCGAAGUUAGGGACGCGUGCAGAUUCUGUUCAGGGGAAAAAACAAUCAGACUCUUCUGGACUGUUUUUCCGAGAUGGAAAAAAGAGAAUCGAUUACAUCUUGGUUUACAAGAAGUCCAGCCCACAGGUGGAGAAAAGGUGCACAUUUGAGAAGAAUUUACGAGCCGAGGGUCUCAUGUUGGAGAAGGAGCCCUCUUUGACGAACAACGACAUCAUGUUCGUGAAGGUCCAUGCUACCUGGGAUACGCUUUGCAAAUAUGCAGAGCAGAUGAACAUCCGCAUGCCUUUCAGAAAGAAAUGCUACUUCACUGACUGGAGGAGCAAAACCCUCGGCAGCAGGUUUCAUCUGAGGUGUCAGCAGAUGAAAAGCUGGCUUCCCAGAAAUCCCAUGAAACUGGACAAAGAGGCCCUUCCCGACCUGGAGGAGACGGACUGCUACACGGCUCCUUUCAGCCGGGCACGGAUGCAUCAUUUCACCAUCAACAAUAGAGAGACAUUCUUCUCAAAUUCCACCAGAAGCAGAAUAGUUCAUCAUGUCCUGCAGCGCACCAAGUAUGAAGACGGAAAAUCAAAGAUGGGCAUCAACCGCUUACUGGGCAACAACACAUACGAGGCGGCAUUUCCUCCACAUGAGGGCAGUUACAAGAGCAGACAUCCAAUUAAAACACACGGUGCCCAGAACCACAGGCAUCUGCUUUAUGAGCGCUGGGCGCGCUGGGGGAUGUGGUACAAAUACCAGCCUCUGGACCUCAUCAGACGCUACUUUGGAGAGAAAAUUGGCCUAUAUUUUGCGUGGCUGGGCUGGUACACUGGCAUGUUAAUCCCUGCAGCCCUCGUUGGUGUUUUUGUCUUCCUCUAUGGGUUCUUCACCAUGGAUUCAAGUCAAGUGAGUAAGGAGAUCUGUGAGGCCAACACAACCAUCAUGUGUCCCAUGUGUGAGGAAACCUGCAAGCCAUGGACGCUGAGUGACAGCUGCAUUUUUGCCAAGGUAACGCGUCUGUUUGACAACGGCGGCACUGUGUUCUUUGCUAUCUUCAUGGCUAUUUGGGCAACGGUGUUCCUUGAGUUUUGGAAAAGGAGGAGGGCAGAGCUGACGUAUGACUGGGAUCUUAUCGACUGGGAAGAGGAAGAGGAGGAGCUGAGGCCUCAGUUUGAAGCCAAAUACUCCCGGGUGGAGAGAGUCAACCCCAUUUCUGGAAAACCCGAGCCCUUCCAGCCCUUCUCAGACAAACUCAGUCGUCUCAUGGUUUCUGUGUCUGGGAUAUUCUUUAUGAUUUCCCUGGUUCUGACGGCGGUUUUUGCCGUGGUGGUUUUCCGUCUCAUUGCGAUGGAGAAGUUCGCCUCCUUUAACUGGGACUUUGUCCAGAAGAACUGGCAGUUUGCCACGUCUGGCACUGGCGUCUGCAUCAACUUUAUGAUUAUCAUGUCUCUCAAUGUGGUUUAUGAAAAGGUGGCCUACCUGUUAACCAACCUAGAGCACCCACGCACGGAGUCUGAGUGGGAGAACAGCUUUGCUCUGAAGAUGUUUCUCUUCCAGUUUGUGAAUUUGAACAGCUCCACGUUUUACAUCGCUUUCUUUCUUGGAAGGUUUGCCGGCAGGCCUGGAAACUACAACAAACUCUUCAAUCGAUGGAGGCUGGAGGAGUGUCACCCCAGCGGCUGUUUGAUUGAUCUGUGCCUGCAAAUGGGAGUCAUCAUGUUCUUCAAACAGAUCUGGAACAACUUCAUGGAGCUUGGAUAUCCCUUGCUGCAAAACUGGUGGUCUCGCAGGAAAAUGAAGAAAGGAGGCGGCGGAGGCCAGAAUGUGGAGAAUAAAACUCAGCUGCCACAGUGGGACAAAGACUGGAAUCUGCAGCCAGUGAAUGCACACGGCCUGGUGGAUGAAUAUCUGGAAAUGGUUCUCCAGUUUGGGUUCACCACCAUUUUUGUCGCAGCUUUCCCUCUGGCUCCUCUCCUUGCUCUGCUAAACAACAUCAUCGAGAUUCGCCUGGAUGCCUACAAGUUCGUCACUCAGUGGAGGAGGCCCAUGCCGGCGCGGGCAACAGAUAUAGGUAUCUGGCAUGGGAUUCUAGAAGGCAUCGGCGUCCUGGCAGUCAUCACCAAUGCCUUCGUCAUCGCUAUAACCUCGGACUACAUCCCCCGCUUUGUUUACGCCUUCAAAUACGGCCCCUGUGUGGACAAGGGGCCCCACCAUGCAGAUGAGUGCCUGCGAGGCUACAUGAACAGCAGCCUGUCUGUGUUUGACAUGUGGGAGCUGAAAAACAACAGCCAGGUCAGAUACUGCAGGUACAGAGACUACAGAGCGCCGCCCUGGAGCUUGGUGCCCUACGAGUUCACCCUGCAGUUCUGGCAUGUGUUGGCUGCCAGGCUGGCAUUCAUCAUCGUCUUUGAGCACCUGGUGUUUGGCAUCAAGUCCUUCAUAGCGUACCUCAUUCCGGACAUGCCGAAGGACCUAUGUGAUUGCAUGAGGAGGGAGAAGUACCUGAUGCAGGAGAUGAUGUACGAAGCAGAACUAGAACAUCUCCAGACAGAGCGAAAGAAAAACGGGAGACGUUAUCACCAUGAGUGGCCUUAGCCUGAGCUUCCUCCGAUGUGUCCACAGCUCAUCACUCAGCUCACAGGCACAACCUGCCCCCCC